CACGCAGUUGCCAACUUGCCAUCGAAAGCGUUUGAGAGGAAUCGGACACGGUCGACAGGCCCAGGUGCAAGACAGGUGAGCGUCCCGCCGCUCUUCGCCGGCGAGCAGCUAGAGGAAUACCGCAUGCUGGCCAAGUACGGCGUGCAGAAGGCGGCGAUGCUGCACGUGACGACCCCGACAUGCGGCGGCGGCGGCGGCACCGCGGCCGAGGUCGAGGCGCUCACGGAGAAACUAAAGGAGAUCUACUUUGUCGACGUCGGCUCCGAGCCCGCGGAGGACGCGAUGGAUUGGGUGGCCGGGACCAGCAGCGCGAUCAGGGUCAAGACGCUCACGGGCAAGGAGAUCGACAUUGACGUCGACUUCGCCGACGACACGGUGGACAAGAUCAAGGAGCGCAUCGCGGAGAUGGAGGGCAUCCCGCCCCAGCAGCAGCGGCUCAUCUUCGGUGGCAAGCAGCUCGUCGAUAGCAAGACCGCGCUCGAGUGCGACCUCGAGCCCGGAUGCGUCCUCCAUCUCGUCUUCGCUCUCAAAGGAGGUGGUUAGAAUUAGCCGUUUUCCUAGGUUCAAGGUGACUAAUCUUGCAGAACUUAGAGAGAGGAACUAGGCUUAUAUAUAUAUGAUGAUGGGAGUGAAGUUGAUAUGUGGAUCUUAGAUUCAAUAGCUAGAAUAGGUGACUUUUUUCCCGGAAAUAGCAGGAGUUCUGCCUUAAUUAUUAGGGAAAAAU